ACACCAUUUGCUGUCAUGCCGCCACUGCAGCUUCGGCCAAGAAGCAUACGUUCUACACGUUCUGCUUCUGGGACGCCUUCUCACGGUGGCGGCCUAGCGCCGCGCAACUUCAACGUGAGUGACAUUCCCGCCGAGCUGUGUGACGCGGUCAUCUACUCCCACGUGACCAUCGACAACAACACCGGCCAGGUGAAGCUAACCGAAAAGGAACUGGAACUAGACCCGGAGGCAAAGGCUUAUUCGAAAUCAUUCUUCUACAAUCCGAUUUGGAUGCUACCCCCACAUCGCGCAUUCCGCGAAAUGAGCGAGCUGAAGAAGCGCAACCCGAAGCUGAAGCUCCUCCUCGCCAUAGGAGGCCCGCACGAGACCAUCGACAGGUACUGGCAGUUCAUACCGCAGAUGCACCUCUGGCGGGACAUGGCGAUCAGCAUAGCGCAGUGGGUCAAGACGUACGGCUUCGACGGAAUUGUACUCGACUUCUUCUCGGGCACAAGGACGGCGCACGACUCCGAGUGGUUGUGGAGCACUGCCAAACUGAUAGAUCAUUUCAUCUGGCAAAUAGGCCAGAGGUUCAAGGAAGUACUCGGCGAAGUGGCACAUCAUCCUCACCUGCCCGCUUUCGACAGUUCCACGCACUACCUAUUCGACAUCAAUAGACUCUCGCAGCAGGUGAACUUUUUCUUUGUUAAAAGCAGCGACUGCCUAGAAUUUCCGCGAGGUGCAGGGCUGAACGUAUCAAGGACCAUGGACAUGUCUGAUAUUGACAGAAUCGAACUCAUCGUGAAAAGAGGAGCCGAGCGCACGAGAGUUGUUCCGGAAGUUCCCCUCUCAGGUCGCACCUACUUGGCCACGGGUGCGGGCAUAGGUAGGCACACUGUGUUCGCCGGGCAGCCAGGUAAUUACACCAAGCAGCAAGGCUUCCUGUCAUCAUUUGAGGUUUGCGACCAGCUUCAAAGCGGUUGGCAGCAGGGGCGCUCCAGUCAUGACUCCUGCCCGUAUCUAAAGAAUGACGACGACUACGUUGCCUACGAAGAUGAAGAGAGCGUUCGUAAAAAGGCAAGCAUGAUCAUUGGCCGAAAGUUCAGAGGCGCGGUCGUCACGAGCGUAGACCUGGACGACUACAAUUCCAAAUGCGCGGGAAAGUCUAACCUCGUGAAAGUCCUUCGCUCCAGCUUCGACGCAGCGACACCCGACAUGGACUACCCUUACAAUCCACCGACGGCCCCGUGGUGGGGCGAGGACAUCUUCAAACUGAUGCCCACCACGGCACCGCCUCCGAAGCGGACAACGACCAGACCGCCGGAGGUGUCGACAGAGCCUCAGGAGAAACAGACAGCGGGCACGAAGACUCCUAAAAAGGGCCAGCCAGUGACGUCUUCCGUGACGUUACCUGCCUCGAGAGUACCGCCAACGGUUCCGAAUACACCGGAGGAGGUAGCGCCAACCGCGAUAUCCACCGCGCCUGUCAGCGGUGAACCACUGACAACGACACCUGCGGAAUCGUCUUCGAAGUCAUCGACACUCGCCACUGGCACUACCGAAGCGGUGACAAAGAGUAGCGACGACAUCUGCAAGGGGGUUAAACCAAACGCUAUGCUGCCGCACGAGUCAGACUGUAGCAAGUACUAUCACUGCGUGCACUCCAAGCCGCACCUCCAGAACUGUGCACCGGGAACAAUAUUCGACAUCGAGCGGCAAAUAUGCAACUGGCCGGCGAUCACCAACAGACCCGAAUGCAAGCUUUCGUGAUGUGUUAAAUAUCCCGAACGACUGUCUUGUAAACGACGUUCAACAUAUUUGGAAAACACACUUUUCUUUGUAUUUUUUUAAUAAAUAGUAUUUUU